UGGAGGGGGGUGGAGGGAGGCAGCCAUGGCGGUGGGGGUCGGAGGAGUGGGGAAGAGGAGGAGGGGGGGGCUCAGCUGGAAAACCUUCCCAAUAUUUCUGUGGCUCGUGUCCGUGUGCGGGGGGGAGAAGACAUUGAUUGUGGAGACGUGGCUGAAGAACUUCGGCUACCUCCUGCCUCAGCACGUCACCACGUCCGACCUCCGCCAGCAGGAGGUGAUGAAGUCCGCCGUGGCCGCCAUGCAGCGCUUCUACGGCAUUCCCGUCACCGGAGUCCUGGACAACGCCACACUCCAGUGGAUGAGACGGCCUCGCUGCGGCCUUCCCGACCAACCUCAUCGCAGCCGGCGCCAACGCAACAAACGUUACGCCCUGACUGGACAGAAGUGGCGUGACAAAAAGAUCACGUACAGCAUCUCCAACUUCACCCCCAAAGUGGGCGAGAAGGACACCCAGAGGGCCAUCAGACACGCCUUCAACGUGUGGCAAGCCGUCACGCCGCUCUCCUUCCAGGAGGUGCCCUACGCUGAGGUCAAGAACGAGGGCAAGGAGGCGGACAUCAUGAUCUUCUUCGCCUCCGGUUUCCAUGGCGACAGUUCUCCGUUUGACGGUGAGGGAGGCUUUCUGGCCCAUGCGUACUUCCCUGGCGCCGGCAUCGGAGGCGACACCCACUUUGACUCAGACGAGCCGUGGACGCUGGGUGGAGCCAAUCGUGACGGGAAUGACCUUUUCCUGGUGGCGGUCCAUGAGUUGGGCCACGCCCUGGGCUUGGAGCACUCCAACGAUCCGAGCGCCAUCAUGGCGCCAUUCUACCAGUACAUGGACACGCACAGGUUCAAACUGCCGUUGGACGACCUGCAGGGCAUCCAGAAGAUCUACGGCGUCCCUACCGCCAUAAUGGAGCCCACCCGCCCGCUACCCACCUUGCCUUCCCACCGCACCCACUCCACCUCUACACGACGAGGUCACGACCGGCAUUCCCGCCCGCCGCGCCCCCCCAGCGAGCGCCCGGCAUUGCCCGGAAACGGCAAACCAAACAUCUGUGAGGGCCAAUUCGACACGCUGGCCUUCUUCAGGCGUGAAAUGUUCGUCUUCAAGGAUCGCUGGUUCUGGCGUCUGAGGAACAACAAAGUUCUGGAAGGUUAUCCGAUGCUGAUCGAUCAUUUUUGGAAGGGAUUGCCGCCUCACAUCGACGCCGCCUACGAGAGAGCCGACGGCAAAUUUGUCUUCUUCAAAGGUGACAAGUACUGGCUGUUCCGGGAGGUGACGCCUGAGCCGGGCUUUCCCCGCAGUCUGGCCCAGCUCAACGUGCGCCUGCCCCAAGGCGGCGUGGACGCGGCGCUGCGUUGGGAUCCGGUGGGAAAGACGUACUUGUUCAAGGGGGACCGGUACUGGCGCUACAACGAGGAGAGGGGGGCGGCCGACCCGGGCUACCCCAAACCCAUCAGCGUGUGGAAGGGCGUUCCCCCUGCCCCCCAGGGUGCCUUCGUCAGCAGGGAGGGAUACUACACCUACUUCUACAAGGGGCGGGACUACUGGAAGUUUGACAACCAAAAGUUGUCGGUGGAACCCGGAUACCCAAAAUCCAUCCUGAAGGACUGGAUGGGAUGCGAACAGUCCGACAUGGAGCAUCCCGGCGGGAAGAGUAACCGUGACGACCGCCAGCGCCCCCUGGACGACCUGGACAUCAUGGUGGCCAUCAACGACAUCCCGGCCACGGUCAACGCCAUCGCCGUGGUGAUCCCGUGCGUGCUGUCGCUGUGCGUCCUGGUCCUGGUCUACACCGUGUUCCAGUUCAAGAACAAAAGCGUGCAGCCGGCUGCCAUGACACCGCACUACUACAAGUAUGCCGUGCACGAGUGGGUGUGACUGGGGGAAAGAAAGGCCAUAAAUACUAACAACAAAGAUGGCUGACAGCCACAACUGGAAUGUUGGCGGUUCCUUCAAGCAGACGCCCCUUCCGUGAUGAGGAAGACGGGCCACAGUUUAGGUGAGAAAUGUUGCUGGAAUGACAUCACAUGGUUUUAUUCUUUUAUUUGUACAUUUCCAAACAUCAGAGAGGAGUUGCUCCUCGCCCAGACACGUCCACCUGCUCGCUAGUUAGCAUGUUAGCACAUAUUCACAUCACUAGCAUAGCACUAGCUAGCUGUGACCUUUUUCUUUAGCGUGGUGUUUUAGAAAGAAAAAGGAUUUUGUAAAUAAAUAAAGCGGAUCGUGACCUAGAAAUGAUGAUGAUUCUCCGCACUUAAUUGUUUGUGGAAAGGAAAAGGACCAGCUAGGUCCUUUCCAUGGUGUGUUGCUUUUGGCGGCCAGCUGGGCGGGGCUUGUCACGUCAUCCCAUCGUGCCACUUUCUCUCACACACACACACACACACACACACACACUUCCUGUGAAAGGACGAGAGCGGGAGAUUGUGCAAACAAGCCCGGUCGGGAUGUGUUGAGGCUCUGGUGGAUGUGGUGGACAGUGAGUUGCCUUUAAAGGGAGAUGCAGAUCUGCAACAAGCGUCCCUGGGGGGGGCGUCGCUUAAAGUACCUGCGUCUUCCUUUAGCGAGCACGUUGUUGCCUUUGCUGGUUUGUAAAAACAUAUCACAAAUAGCUUUAACAGUCGGCUUCUUGUGUAAAUAAAAGCUUUUUCACAUGGAUCAGAACAUGUCGUUUUGUAUUUGGGUUUAUUUAACAUGAAAUGAAGUUCACACCACUUUGACUUUCAAGUGCAAAGCUUUUUUUUUCUAGUUUGACCUCACCUCCUUCAGGACAUCUUCAUACGUUUGUUGUUACCAUGGCAACACAGCUGUUUAACAUGAGUUUUCUAUUUCUUUGUUGAAAAUGUCUUUGCAAUAAACGUCAAUUUUUUAUCACGUUUCAUGGAUCAUUAAAUAACACGUCAUCAUCACGUGACAACCAUUGUGACCUCUGAUGACCUCUAAAAGUACUGCAGCAAUACCAAAUGCAUACCAAACA